GUCAGCUGUCUCAUUAACAUUUUGUCAAAGCGUCAAAAAGGUUAGGUUGAUCUGCAAAAUAUAUUUUAUAAAAUUAAGAGUUCAUUUAAUAAAUUUAAGGUAUUAUUAUAAAAUAAAUGAUUAACUUUAUGGUUGAAACUACACAUGUGAAAUAUUGAGAGAAUGGCGUCCACGGGAAGUACACCAUUUCCUAAAUGGCAGCUAGCCAUACUACUUGGUGCCCCUCUGGCCAUUGGGUUAGGUUACCUCUAUAUGAGAAGUAGAUUUGAAGACCCUGAGAAAAAGAAAGUAGCUGAACUUAAAGCGAAGACAACAAUUUCAUUAGAUAACGAAGACAAUGCAAAGGCAGCGGAGAGUGCCAUCGAUCGCGCUAUGAAAUUAAAGGCGGCCGGUAAUCGAGCUUUUCAUGCAGGGGAGUAUGAUAAAGCUAUCGAAUUGUAUAAUGACGCUAUAGAGGCUUGCCCUUCAGAACGUGCAGUUGAUCUAGCUACCUUUUAUCAAAAUCGUUCUGCUUGUUAUGAAAAACGAGAGAUGUGGGAACAAGUUAAGGAAGAUUGUACAUUCGCGCUCAAACUUAAUGAAAAGUAUGUUAAAGCGUAUCUCCGAAGAUCCCGUGCUGCAGAGAAAAGUGGUGAUCUAGUUCUUGCUCUGGAAGAUGUUACUUCAGCGUGUAUCUUAGAGAGAUUUCAGGUUCAAAGUUCACUAGUGAAUGCCGAUCGCAUACUGAAAGCCCUUGGAAGACAACAUGCACGAGAAGCUCUUGAUAAACGAGACCCAGUAAUGCCAUCAAAACAUUUCAUCAAAACUUACUUCUCUGCAUUUUCUGAAGAUCCAAUUGCUAAGGUAAAUGUUGAUGCAAAUGAAACAUGUGGGUUUGCUAAUGCCAAAAAAGCUCUUGAAGUCCAAGAUUAUGACUCUGUAGUUAAAGCUUGCACUGAAGAAAUAGAUGCUGAAGGUAAAUAUAAAUAUGAAGCAUUACUCUUAAGAGCUACAUUCUAUUUGCUCUUAGGUAGACAUGAGGAGGCACAUAUUGAUCUCGCUAAUGUCAUCACCAGUGAUGCACCGACUAAGAUCAGAGUCAAUGCAUUGAUCAAACGUGCUUCACUUUUUACACAACUAGAAAACACCGAAAAAUGUCUAGAAGAUUUCAGUACAGCAGCACAGUUAGAUCCAGACAAUUCUGAUAUCUAUCAUCACCGGGGGCAGGUGUACUUGCUGUUGGAACGAAUGGAUGAAGCUACAUCAGAAUUUGCAAAGGCUGUUGAGUUAAAUCCCAACUUCUCAAUUGCAUACAUUCAGAAAUGUUAUGCUGACUACAGACAUGCCCAGUUACAUAAAAAUAUUGGAGCUCUAACUACAGUAAGGGCAGACUUUGAGCGUGCUUUGGAACUGUUCCCCAGAUGUGCUGAUGCAUACAUUUUAUAUGCACAAGUGUUAUCAGAUCAGCAGGAAUGGGGCAGGGCUGAGGCUCUGUUUGAUGCAGCCCUGGCUGUGGACCCAAAUAAUGCCACACUGUAUGUGCACAAGGGCCUUGUUCAAUUACAGAAGAGCACAGACUUUGAUAAGGCUGUCAAGUUGAUUAACAAAGCCAUUGAUAUGGAUGACAAAUGUGACUUUGCAUAUGAGACUCUUGGAACAAUUGAAGUUCAGAGAGGAAACUUAAGACGUUCACUGGAACUGUUUGAGAAGGCAAUCAGAUUAGCCAAAACUGAAUUAGAAAUGACACACUUGUUCAGUUUGAAGGAUGCUGCAGCUGCCCAACUGAAAGUCUCUGAGCGCUGGGGGCUGGACUGGACUGUGAGCUAGAUUAGUAUACAAUGAGCAUCAAGAAUAAUUUUAGAACAUUGCCAUGAAUGUCAGAGUAGGGUAAAAAAUAUUUAGUUUGGAGUUAUCAACAUUUUAUGUUUAUUUAUUAUUUGAAAAUUGACUAUUUAAAUUUUUAAUUGUAUUAGUAUUGUUCAAUCACCCAUGAGCAACUAAUAAACGUACCCUUCCGUUGUAUAUGUGGUUUAAACCCUACUUUGGAAUUUCUUGUGAUAUGUAUUUAACUGUACCUAUAACCGCCGUGCAAUUAGUGUGUUGUUAACAUGGUCUUCAUAUUCUAGCAUAUAAUAGACUAUAUUGGAGAAAAUGUACAAAUUUUAUUGAAAACAAUAUUUAUAUAAGUGUUUAAAGUGUUACACUUCACACAACAGUGUUAAAAUAUUGGCUAAUUAAGUAGUAAUGCAAAAUUGUAAAACAUGUUUAUUGUAUAUUAUGUCUAUACUAUGUAUCCAUUACAAAACAUGUAAAUGCUGUAACUUGUAAUUGUAUGAAUGGUGUUUUGAGAACAAAGUAUUCGUAAUGAAAAGUUAGGUUUUAUUCCAGUUAAAUUUUGCAUUUAAAUUAGUAAUAACUUGAUAACAUAAAAUUUUCCUAGCUAGUAGGUACCUUGAUUUUUGUAAUAAUCACAUUGAUACUUAUUAAAUUCCGAAAUAUUCACUUUAGAAUUAUUGUACUUUUGUAUAUCAAAGUUAUUGGUUGUUAUUAUAAUUUAUAAUAUAUUUUUAAAUUCGCAACUGAGGUAGGUAAAGCCUAAUAAAAUCUAAUUUGAAUUUCAACAGUGAUAAUAAUAUUGUUUUCUGGGUCUAAGCAUAAGCUGAUCUCAGAUUUGAAAAGAACUUUACUGACUGUUAAGUAUUUAGAGGGUGAGUUGUACGGCGGUACUCGGUAAUCUAUUUCACAUGUAGGUUAGUAUAUAUAGUAAAAAACUAAUUUGCUAGUUGGCUGUAUAUUGAAUAUCAUAGCAAAUUAUAAUUAGUGUUUCAAAAUUGUAGGACUUACGUUUGUUGGAUGCGCUCUUUGAAAUAGGAUGUGCGUUUAAGAUUAGAUUACUGAUGUGUUUCUAAAAGUUGUUACCUCACCGAUAGUGAAUAGUUAUCAAUUUACAAAAUCUUCAAAUAUAUGCAUACAAAAAU